CGAGAGCAAACAACGACGACGAGAUGGCACCUGUCGCCACAGCCUCUGCUUCGAAUGGCACCACGCCUUCCUCAUCGUACACGCCACCGCCGAUAUUCGACAUUGGCGAGCGGCAGAGCAGCGCAGCAGGCGAAGGCAUCAGCACAAGAGAGUACGCCGGUAGCUCGUGGAAGGCUCAAGGGGCGCCCUUGAUCAUUGACAAUGGAUCAUCAGAGCUCCGAGCCGGCUUCGCCACAUCCGACACAAAAGGGCCCGCCUUUGCUUUCGACAAUGUCAUUUCCAAAUUCAAGGAUCGUAAACGGGGCACCAGCUACCUCCUCGCGGGGUCUGAUUGCUACCUCGACGCCUCCAGCCGAAGCUCAAUGCGCAGCUCGUUUGAUACCGACGUUGUGACAAACUUUGACGUCAUGGAAAACGUCUUGGACCACACCUUCGUUAAGCUCGGCAUCAACGAGUCGACCGUGGCCCAUCCUAUACUCAUGACCGAGACGCUCUGCAACCCGGCACACAGCCGAACGCUCAUGUCGGAGCUUCUCUUUGAGAACUAUGGUGUGCCUUCGGUCUGUUAUGGCCUCGACUCGCUCUUUUCCGCGUACCAAAACAACGUCAGGGAUGGCUUGGUGGUCUCAUCGGGGAAGACGAGCACGACUGUGGUUCCGCUGCUAGACGGGCGCGGCUUGAUAGACUUCUCAAAGAGGCUCAAUUGGGGAGGGUCACUCGCUACAGAACACCUACUUCGACUGGUUCAGCUCAAGUAUCCUUCCUUUCCAACGCGUGUCACCGCCUCACAGAGCGCAUGGAUGCUCGAGAACAUGUGCUACGUGUAUGCGGGCGAUGACACAUACGAGGAAUUCGUUGGUCGACUGGCGCGGCCCUCGGAGCUAGCAAGGGAGGAUCGGGUCGUGCAAUUUCCCUUUACCGUCGAGGCGAAGGAGGAAAAGACGGCCGAGGAGCUCGAAGCAAUCGCUGAGAGGAAGCGAGAGGCGGGCAGGAGGCUGCAGGAGCAGGCUCAGCGGACGCGGCUGGAGAAGAUGAUGCAAAAAGAGAACGACCUGCAGUACUAUGCUAAGCUCAAAGAAUGGAGGAACAAGGAGCGCAAAGCAGAGUACCUCAAGCGACUCGAGUCGGAGGGCUUCAAGUCGGAGCAGGACCUCGAGAACACCAUCAAGAAGAUCGAAGUGGCGCUCAAGAAGGGUAGAGCGAAGCAGCUUGGCGAAGAAGGAGAGGAGGUAGAGGCGGUCGAGGAGCCAACUUUCCCGCUCGUCGAUAUCCCAGACCACGAACUGGAUGAAGAGCGGCUCAAGGAGAAGCGCAAGCAGCGGCUGAUGAAGGCCGGCUAUGAGGCACGCAAGCGCGCAAAAGCAGAAAAGGCCGAAGAGGAACGCCUUAAGGCAGAAGAGCUUAGACUAGAUGAAGAGGAACGCAUCAACGAUCCGCGGGCGUGGGCAGAAAAGAAGCGCAAGAUCUACGAGGAAUCUAUCAGCCGAAUCCGCGACAAGAAGAGAAAAAAGGAGAUGCUGUCGGAUAGAAAGAGUCUGGCGGCGCAGCAGCGCAUGAAGAAUAUCACCAGCCUCGCCAGCGAUCAGCCCACGGGCUCUCGCAAGCGGAGAAAAGGUGGUGACGAGGACACGUUUGGGGCUGACGAUGACGACUGGGCCAUCUACCGCGAGAUCCGAGGCGAGGAUGAUUCGGAGGAAGAGGAAGAUGAAGCGACGGCCAUGGCUGCGCUCGAGAAGCGGCUGCUGGAGCACGACUCGACAUUUACCGAGGAGGACACGUGGGAAGCUCAACAGGCUCGCAAGAACAAGCUCACCAUGACGUUCCUGAGGGGUGAACACCCGAAGUGGGAUCCCGAAGAUGUCGGGCAGCAGCAUCAGAUCCACCUAAACAUUGAACGGACACGGGUGGCCGAGGUCUUAUGGCAGCCGAGCAAGGCCGGUGUCGACCAGGCGGGCAUCGACGAGCUGUGUGCAUUGAUCCUGCGCAACUUUGACCUGGAGCCGAGGCGGAAGCUGGCCACAAACAUCUUUGUCACGGGCCAACAUACCCAGUAUCCCCACUUUGACACCCGGCUCAUGCGCUCGAUUCAGAGCACGCAGCCCGUGGACAUGGGCGUGCGUGUCAUCCGUGCAAAGGAUGUCCGCUUCGAUGCGUGGAGGGGCAUGGCCAAAUGGGCCUCGAAGGAGGCUGACGAGUUCCGAAGGGUGUCCGUUUCAAAGCAGGAGUGGAUGGAAAAGGGCCCCGACUGGUUCAAGGACCAUCGCUUCGCCGCGGCUAUGCAGCCGUGAGGGUCGGACUGUUCACGCGCGCCUUUUCAUUGUCACGCCUGCUGGGAGGUCCUCUGCCAUGGAGGAGGCUGGCAUUUUGCCUCUUGUACACAUAAUGUCACAACACAUGCUGAGAAUCCAUCAUUACCUGGAG